AUGGCCGGUAAGGCAGAGGAAGGAGCGGAGAAGAGGAGCGGAGAGUUAGGAAUGGAAGACGAGACAAAGGAAAAGAAAGAGACGGAGGGGAGGGAAGAGUCCGGGAAACCGGACAAAGGGGGGAAAAGAGGUAGGCCUUCAAAUAUAGAGGUGCUAAGAAGAGAAAGGACACUGAGCAUAGGAAGCAUGGAAAAUUUGGAAGAAAUUUGGAAGAGAAAAAGGGACGAAGGAAUCGAUGAGGGUAUACAAAAAGGAAGUGACGAAGAGGGAAAGAAACGAACAAGCGGAUGGAUGUUUAAAGAAAGCAAUGUGACGGAAAGAUCACCAGAGAAGAAAAAAGAAAAGAGAGAAGAGGCUGAAGGAGUUGGAGAAAUAAAAGAGUUAAUAAAAGAUUUAGGAAGAGACCUGAGAGGAAAGAUGGAAAGGGUGGAGGAGAACAUGAGGGACCUAAGAAAAGAAGUGAGAGAAGAAAUAGAGAAGUUAAAGGAAGAUUCGAUUAGAAGAGAGAACAAGUGGGCAGAACAAAAAAGAGAAAUGGAAGGGAAGAUAGAACUUCUGAUAAGGAAGAUUGAGGAAUUAGAAAAGAAGGGGGAAGGGGGCGCAAGGUGGGACGAGAUGGAAGAGAAAGUACAUAAAACGGUGCAGGAUGCGAUAGAAAAAAGAAAGCAGGAAAUAGGAGGUGAGCAAAUAAAUGAGAAGCUGUGUGAGCUCGAAAAGAAAUGGGGGAGGAAAGAGAGGGAGGAAAGGAGGAGAAAUAUAAUAAUCAGAGGUACGAAAGUAAGAAGAGAGGAGAUGAAAAAGAAGGCGGAGGAGAUAUUAAUGCUGACAGGAGUAGAAAACGCAAUAGAGGAGGUAAAAGAGGUAGGCGUGGGGGAAAGAGGAAAAGAAGUCAGCAUGAUGUUACUAAAAAUGAAAUCAAACGAAUUAAAAAGGAGGAUAAUGGAAAACAAAAAAGCGCUAAAAGGGAGAGAGGAGAGAAUAGAAGAGGACUUAACAUGGACGGAGAGAAAGACGCAAUGGUUGUUAAGAAAAAUAGGAAGAGAAGAAAGAGAGAAAGGAAAAUAUGUAUGGGUAGACCAUGGAAAAAUAAGAAUAGAAGGGAAAUGGUGGAGAUGGGAUGAAGAAAAGGGAAGACUGGUAGACGGGGAGGGGAAGGGAUGGGAGCCCACUCAAGGAGGAAGACAGACGGAGGGGGAAGAGGAGCAAAGGAUAUAG